AUGGAUAGAACUCACGAAUUCAAAUCAUGUGUAGCAUCAAUUCGAUCCAGAACUUCAACCAUACCUGAACAAAAACAACGACUUUUAAAUGGAUAUUCACCACCUACUCCACCUACUUCUAAACAAAAAAAGACAGCGACUGGAAGUGGUGGAAGAAGUGAAUUUGCUAAAUUAGCAGGUGGAAUUGGAAGGGAUAUUCAGCAAACUACCAUCAAAUUGAGUAAAUUAGCACAAUUGGCUAAACGAAGGACGUUAUUCGAUGACAGACCGGUUGAGAUCUCUGAAUUAACUUACAUUAUUAAACAGGAUAUCGCACAACUCAAUCAACAAAUCGCACAAUUACAAGUCUUUGUCAAACAGAAUCUAAAUAAUCAAAGUGGGAAGAAACAAGUUGAUGAACAUAAUAACAAUGUGGUGAUGAUGUUACAGAGUAAGUUGGCAGAUACUAGUUUGGGAUUCAAGGAUGUACUCGAAAUUCGGACACAGAAUAUGAAAGCUACGCGGGAUAGAACAGAACAGUUCCAAUCAAAUACAGCAGCAUUAACAGGACCUCAGUCAGUUCUUCGUUCUCGUCUUCCUGCUUCUACAUCACCACGUCCAGAUUCACCUCUCUAUUCAGUCAAUGGACCUUCAUCAGUUUCAAAUCGACAAAUGUACGAUCCAAAAGGUAAAGGUAAAGCUGCUGAAGCUGGAUAUCAGCAGAAUGAUUAUCUUGCUCUUGAUAUGGGAGCAGGUGGAGCAAGUACCCAAGGGAAAGGAGGGGAAGGGUUCAUGCAAAUGCAGAUGACACAAGACAAUUCGGAUGCAUAUCUUCAACAAAGGUCUACAGCCAUUGAAUCGAUCGAAUCAACAAUCACUGAAUUAGGAUCAAUCUUUAGUCAAUUAGCAACAAUGGUCGCACAACAAGGAGAACAAGUUCAAAGGAUUGAUCAAGACACAGCUGAUAUUGAAAGUAAUUUACAAUCUGCUCAAGGAGAGCUUUUGAAAUACUAUUCUAGUAUCUCAGGUAAUCGAAUGCUUAUGUUAAAGAUCUUUGGUAUGAUCAUCGUCUUCUUCUUGUUGUUUGUUUUGAUCACCUGA